AUGUCAAACCCAAGCUCAAGACCCCACAAAAAAACUAGCUCCCCAGCUCCCAUCCCCAACCUCAGGCACCCACCCAUCCAAACCCUCACGACAACGCUCUUCCGAACCCAUCGAACCACCCUCCCAAAACCCAAGAAAACCACCCAAUUGACCACUAUGUUCCUCCAACGCACCGCCGUGCUCGCCGCGCGUCGCGCCAUCGCCGUUCCAGCUGUAAAACGCAGCUUCGCUACCUCGAUUGUGCGCCGUAUGGAGCUCCCCCCCUGUGCUGUGAUAUGGCGUGGAGAAGCGGCUGCGCCGACUCCAACGAGCGGGAGUGGGAGCGAGAAGAAGAUUAAGAAAUUCCAAGAGAUUCAAAGCGAAGCCGAUCUCAUCCCACCCGGAGCGCCCGUCGGCACCGUGCCCAGCGACUUAGACCAGGCGACUGGAUUGGAGCGUCUGGAGAUCCUGGGGAAGAUGCAGGGUGUGGAUAUCUUUGAUAUGAAGCCUUUGGAUGCUUCGCGUAAAGGCACGCUCGACAACCCCAUCAUAGUGAAAUCAUUCGGCGACGAGCAAUACGCAGGCUGUACCGGCUACCCAGCCGAUUCCCACGUUACCAUCUGGCUUACCAUGUCCCGCGACCGCCCAGUCGAGCGCUGCCCAGAAUGCGGAAACGUGUUAAAGAUGGACUAUGUCGGCCCACAAGACGAUCCCCACGCCCAUGACGAUCACGGACACGGACACGGCGAUGGUCACCACAACUACGAGGAGCCAAAGAACUUUGCCGAUUUCGUUCGUCCUGAGUACAGAUAG